GCCAUACCUUUUAACUUUAGUACGCUGUACGACGGCAGCUAGGACGUCUAAAUUGUCACGUGCACUCAUUCACUAAGCCAUAAGGUGCUCUUUGCGACAAUCCCUUCCGGUUGUAUGGGAUCUUAGUUUUUCAGUAACACAGCUAAAAGACUGCGGUCGUACUGUUCCUGCACCUUACCAGAGCUUCCCUUACACGAAUCUUACUUUUUCUCUUCUGCUUUGUAAUCUUGCUUUGUAAUCGGAGGAACGUGUAGCCAUGAGAUCAACGAAACGCAGACGUCGAGCGGCUGCCUCGGAGUCCGACACGGAAAACGAAGGCCUGCCCACACAAACGAAACAUGCGAUUAACACGAUGGAGGAGCGGGUGGCUGGCCUCUCUCAAGAGGUGUCGGCGCUGCGCAAUGAGCUGGAGGAAUUACGCAAGCUUCGAGACAAUCUUGAAGCGCAAGGCGUAUUGCUUCUUGGGGCUCAAGCGCAGGCAGAUGCCGAGGUUACAACCAGCAGAUGCCUUGAGAAAUCCUCCCUGCCAAAGGCGCUUGUGAGCGAGCUGGAAAGCAACUCGGGUCAAUCGACGGCGAAGAUGGCCUCCCCAGGUUCAAUCCCUGGGCAUGCCGAGGCGGACUCUCCGCGCAUUUUCUGCCGUACAUCUAGCGGUUCAGCGAGCUGCAUGGUUCCCGGCUCGGUCGUUGGACACGCAAGAACCUGUGAUGAAAGUGUUGUCGCGGCCCAGUUAGGUGAAUGUGAACCCGGCUGUCAGCAAGCAGAUGCAGACAUUUUUAACAAACUGCUGCAGCAAAUUAGCCGGGAUUCAAGCACUGAUGCCUCGACAACCGUUCAGCUACACAAUGCGACUUUAGGUGCGGCGCCUUCGACGGCAACGGGCAGCUCUACCCGUAGCUCUGCUGAAGCUUUGCAACCCACAUCGUUUCAUGCCACUCACGGUCUCGUUAGCGACCGGUCUAUGCCAAACGACUUCCAUCGAGCACACGAUGUUGCGAUUCGUGACCAGGCCGUGUUAACGACUGCACCCGGGAGCGAGAUUCGGCAACAGGAGGCCCAAAACAUUUUGCAGCAGCAGCAGCAGGUAGAGGAGCAGCAGCAGCAUGACCACUCGGACUGGACGCUGCUGAUAGCACAACAGCAGCAGCAGCAGGUUCGGAAUAGCCUGCUGGCGCCAUCUUCAAUGGCUCAACAGCUCUUCUCUCAGCUUCCCGCGCACCCUCACCACCACCACCAGAAUCACCACCAGCAGCAUCUUCACGAGCAGCACCAGCAACGGAAUAAGCUGGAGACCGACUCUCCAAGACUAAGGCUGCAUCAAGCAGCAGUUCUUGAACACCAGCACCAGCAGCUACUGCAGCAACGUACGACAAGCAACAGCAGCGGUGGCGGUUGCGUGCUGCCGUACACCUGCGGGGAGUACGGCAGCGCAGGAGCAGCAAGCGGCGGAGCUGGGUCAGGAGCAGGGGCAUGGCGAGGAGGGAGUCAUGACAGUGGCGUGGUGGGGAUGGAGGAACGCGGCCGAGUUGGCCCCCACGCCAUCCAAGCAGGGAUAGGCGUCCCGGCUUGUACGACAGGUCACCACAAUGCGACUAGCGAAUGUGCAGUGACGGAGGCACUGCCGUACGAGCAACAGCAACAGCUUGUACGGCAUGCUGCAUGGAGGGGUGGCCCGUGGUUCACUUUCCGUGGCGCUGGCGACCAUCCUCACGCCGCCGCUUCAGCAACGGCUCUUCAGCCGUAUCCGCUGCAGCCUCUGCAAUCACUACAGCCCCCGCCAUCAGUCGCAGCAGCAGCAGCAGCAGUAACAGGUGUAGCAGCAGCAACGCCGCAUCCGUCGUUGUACCAGCGUCAAAGAGCGCUGCCGUACCAUCACUCAAUGCCGGCGCACAUGCCCUUACCGUACACCGUCACGGCAGCAGCAGGGCCGUACAGACAUUCGCUGCCAGGUCCACCGCCUGCGCCGUACACUGCAUGCAGAGGUGUAGCAGCAGCGGUAGCUGCACCGGCCCAACCACCUCAACCACCUCCGUUCCAACCGUUAGGCUACGUUGCGAAAACGACGGCAUGGCGUCGUACGACUUAGAAUGGCAGCAGCAGUAGCACCUGCCGCCGCUGCCGUGGCCGCAGUCGAAGGUAUGGAUCCUCGCCCUCUGUCGGCGCCGGCACUGCCGAGCGAGGUGCCUUAUCAGGUGCAUGUUGAAUUACAUGGUGAAGCCAUAGCAAUGCUGCCUUGGGUUGCAUGCAGUUGAGCAGCAGGAGGGCGCAGUGCUUGCAUAAGCCACAAGGGGAGUCAGGUAGCAACAGGAACAGAUAGCAGGAGGAGCAAGUACAUGUGCAUGCCAUCCACUUCUGUGGGGGUUCGUAGGACCUAUGUGUGUUAAGAAUUCUUGCCGCGAGUCGGAAAAUGUGUGUUAAAAUAACUGGUGUGUGUACGCAUUCAUGUAUGUACGUUGUUGGUCUGUUUGUUACCUUUCGUGCACGUUAAAAUGGUGUGCCGUGCAACGCGCGUUGGCAAGACGCUAGACGUUGGGGCGUUGUUGCCGUUAAACAGCAGCAGGAUGCCGACCGAACGCAGGGCAGGUUGGUAUACACACGCAUGCCUGCAUGCAUGCCUGGGCUGUACGGCUCUUAGGUGGCUGUUAGGCGGCUUGCGCCGCAAGCGCAUGCGGAUUAAUUGUCUUCUGCCCCAUGUUUGGUGUGAUAGGAUUAAGAGGCUUUGCCUGCACCUAGGCACGUCGUUAGUAGUUUAGUUAUGCGGCAGGCGGCUUUUCUAUACAACAACAUGUUACUGGGGACACGGGUGCACAGGAACUGUGUGCAGGAUGGAAACGUACGAACCGUACUGCGGUGCGACGCGAAUGUACGACAGCGGCCAUUCAAGCCGUGCAUGCAUACAUGCAGGCAGCCAAGGUUGGUUGGCUCUGGGGACAUUGGUAGCUAGUAAGCCGGGCGGCCUGCGAUUAGCAACGCAACUGACACUAGCACUGACGUCUUAGCAAGGCGACAAGGCGUCACAGUAUUCCUUUAUCUAGCGUAUUUGGUGGAUGGCAGGUAGGGCAGCGCGUGGUCAUCAUCAUCAUGGCCGGAUGCGUAUUAUUAAGAGUGGCAUCCAAGGUUGGUGGCAAUGCUAAUGGUUUAGUACAUGGUUGGUUGGUUUGGUUGCUAUAUUGGUGUUUGUUACCUGUGAGAAGCUUGAAUCAGCGGUGUUGGUGUUGGUGGUAGCGGUGGUGGUGCGGUGGUUGCCUCCUGUGUAGGAGAGGUAGCGAUGGUGAUGAGGGUGGUGUUGGUGGUGGUGUGAGCGGUUGAAGAUGGCAAGGGGGCUCAAGGCAUGGCAUGGUUGCGUGAGACGCUGGUGGGUGCCCGGAUAGGGUGUGGUUACUAGGGAUACAUGUUCCGUACCAGGCUGGAGUAGGGUGCGGGUGAGGAGCGCCUAGCCGCGAUGUGAAGCGGCGGACGCUAGCUGUCAUCACAUUUGCCAUGUUGUGGUUUCCUGCAUGAUGCUUUGCUGGGGACUCUUUUUCUACCCGUCGGUCUUCUCCUUUCGUUUCGAGUACGGCGUGCUGUAACUGGCGUGCUAUUAGCUAUUUGAAAGCUGCGGAAGAUAGAGGAGAACGGAGCAAGAGACGCAGGGUCGGAGGGUGUAAAGGAGGUUGGGCGGUGGCAGUGGUUGGGCGUGUUUAGCACUCACGUAAACGUUUUGAAAAUUGUACGGUGCCUUCUUUUGGGUCCUUGUGACAAGGAUGCUCGUUGUGUUGCUCCGUUGUUUUGUUUGUUCCAGGCACCGUAUACAGGCCCGCAGCCGGUGCUCCAGACGCACCUACUAAUAUUUUUAUUACGGUAUGUAUACUUGGCUGCGCUCAAUAUGCGGUGCCCUCCGCUGCCGGUUCGCCGCCUUGCUUAGGGCGUGAGUACCGUACGAAGGAAGCGUACGACGGGGAACGUUGAAACCUGCAGCAGCUGUUGGCGGUUAGCGGUUGGCGAGGACGGAUAUGGAUGCACGCUCUCUCGUUGAUGCUGAUCAUCAACUACCGGAGACAUAAAUUGAUUGCACACAUACUCUUCUGUGAUGGGUGAUGCAUGACCCAUGGGUCGUGUAGGGGUGUAUGCGCUGUGGCUGGGCAUCGCAGCCCGCAACGCACGGGUGGAACCCUGGAUGAGGGGAGCUGAGGAGGAGGAAGGUGUGCUUGCUAUGCACGUGAAGCAAGCCGGUCGGAAUUAAUCGCUGCUGCUGUAGCUGUACUAACACUGUGCAGGAGGGCAGAGAGAGGGGAAGGGAACGGCGCAAGCUAGGAAUCGGCGUGUCUUUGGGACGUUCUCGGCUGGACUGCACUAUUGUCGUUAUAAAAAGUCUGUGUAUCUGGCGAAAUGCCGAGGUAUUGGUUGUAGGUAUUGAACGAACUUGCAGAAGGAAUUGCGGCAGGUAGGGCCUUAGUAGACCAACUUGAUUAGCACAGGCUGCCAUUCGUAAUUACUGGCAUAGCACUACUUUCACCAGGUCAGCUGAGUAUAUACUGCGUUUGUUAUUGGCUGCUUGGCCGUCUGCCCCCCAAACUUACCCAAGGGAGGCACAGGGGUUGUGUGUGCGGUGUGUAUUAAUACAACACUGCGUGAGCCACGUGACGGCACGUCAUCUGAAAAAUUGGUGACCAAGUACGGCAGUGCUGGCAACUCGCACGCAGCAAUGUGUGGUGAUCUAGCAUCAAGCGGCGUACAGCUGCGUUCUUGCGCCACUGCGCGUGACCUGCCAACCUGUUUAGCGGCAGUACAGUGAUGUUUCGGUUAAUGAGGUAAUGCGGUGGCGGGCGACAUCUUGGGGGCGUUCCGGCCAUUGUUGCUUUGUUAUGUUAACGUGAACUGUAUGCGACGCAGGUUAUUCAUGUGUAGUAAUUAAGGAGCUCACAAUGAUAAGGCAUUCCUUUAUUGAUUACUCGGAAGACAGGGUACUGUGCGCUGGGGAUGCUGCUUGGAAUUGUGUUUUUGAAUUGUAUGGCAGGUAGGUACGAUG